UCCUUUCAAUGUCUGUCAUGUUUAACUACACACAUCCAUUUUUGCGUUUGCACUUAAUCCAGCAAACCUGCAAGAACAACAACACAAUUAGACACACAAGGAAUUAUUAACAAUUGCUGAAUACAUAUAUUGGACAGAAGACAUGACCGGUUUAGGCAUGGACUUCGAGGACGAUUUCUUCUUUGAGGAGGACAAAAUGUUGGUUAUAGCGAAAACAUAUGGACAUACUUGAAUCAUUAAUUAGGUGUAAUUUUAUUAAGCCGCAUUAUAUUAUUGUCACGAUACGCUUUUUUUUUUUUUUUGUAUUUUCAACAUGCAUGUGCAAAUGUCACCAGUGCUGGUGUAUGUGUGCGUGUUACAUACCCACAGUACACGUUUUAAAAAUCUGGAUGGACAACUUUGUCAACAAUUUGGACAAUGCAAUUAUCUUACAAAAUUAUUUUGAUCUCUUUAUCACACUCAGCUAGCACCAAGCUGCACCAAUUGGCAAUAAUCUGGAAGAUCGCAUUUAUGUAUGGCAUUAGUUCGAUUUUAUACAUGUCAAUUAUAUUGAUUCGUUUAUUUGUUUUUCCAUUUGGCUUUGCGCUCAAUUUUUUCUCUCUACCAAAUUUUUCAUUUUUUUCUUUCUCUCUCUCUCUCUCUCUCUCUUUAUUGUGCUUUGUCAUGUGGGAAUUUAGACCAAACAUACAAGUGGUCUUGCAAGAUCAAUUUGUACAGCAAGGAUCUACUAACCAAAUGGGAAUGACGAUUACAUCUGGGAACAUAAUAAUACAGAAGGACGCCAAUAAUCUUAUUGGCAUAAGUAUUGGCGGGGGAGCACCUCUCUGCCCGUGUUUGUAUAUUGUACAAAUUUUUGACAAUACACCCGUCGCUCUGGACGGCACUCUUCAAGCUGGCGACGAGCUUGUGGCGGUGAACGGGGCGUCGGUAAGGGGAAAAACCAAGGUUGAAGUUGCAAAGAUGAUACAAUCUUGCGACUCGCAAGUCAGCAUCAAUUACAACAAGUUACACGCCGAUCCGAAACAAGGCCGCACGCUUGAUAUCGCUCUGAAAAAGGUAAAACACAGACUGGUCGAAGGAAUGGGCAACACCACAGCCGACGCGCUCGGACUAUCGCGCGCCAUUCUUUGCAACGACGCCCUUGUUCAGAGACUGAUGGCGUUAAAACGCACAGAGAAUUUCUACAGAGGUCUUGUCGCGCACGCGAAAGCUACAUUGCAUGCUUUUUUUGACCUGACACAAAUUUACAAAGUAUUCGGAGACGCUUUCGCCGCCAUAGGAGUGCGAGAGCCACAGCCACGUGCCAGCGAAGCCUUUCGACAAUUCGGCGAGCAACACAGACAAAUGGAGAAGUUCGGAGUGAUAAUGUUGAAAGCUCUGAAACCGAUAUUGAACGAUCUGGGAACGUAUCUCAACAAGGCCAUACCGGACACGCGAUUGACCAUCAGCAAAUACGCCGACGCGAAGUUUGAGUAUCUGUCGUAUUGUCUGAAGGUGAAGGAACUCGAUGACGAGGAACAAAGUUGCGCCGCUCUGCAAGAACCGCUUUAUCGCGUGGAAACCGGCAACUACGAGUAUCGUCUGAUACUGAGGUGCCGGCAGGAAGCUCGCGCCAGGUUCGCCAAGCUUCGCUCGGACGUGCUGGUGAAGCUCGAGCUGUUGGACAACAAACACGUCCAGGACGUGGUCUGGCAGUUGCACAAAUUCGCGGCAGGGUUGGCCAAGUAUUACGCCAACACGCGAGACAUGUUGUCGGCGGUGACGCUGUUCCCGGUUGAGGUCGAUCUGUCGCAUUCCGCGUUUCAGUACAAAUCUACCGGUCCGCAAACGUUCACCUAUUCGAACGCCGAUGUUGACGAAUUGGAACCGGAGGAGAAACAGCAUAACAUAAAGGAGGAACUUCUCAUCGACACGUCGAAUUUUUCAGAGGAACCAACAAACAACAUAUAGCAAUAAAACUUUGUACAAUUUGUGAUAGCAGGAUCGCUUACGGCAAAUCGGCUGUGGCGAGUCUGCCAUUUCUUCACUUUCUUUCUCUGUAUAAUUUACUUGAAACUUUAUUAGCAUAAACUUA